AUGACUUCAAGAGGACCUCAGUCCGCCUACUCCUCGCGAGACGUAUCGCCAGAGUCGCGCCACGAACCUUACGAUCCCUUCCGUGACCCUAUCGAACUUGGACAUAUGUCGCGAUCUUCUCUGGACGCAAGAGACGCAUAUGAUAUGCGCGGUCAACCCCCUAGCGAGACUCCUCGGUUGCAGUCGGACAGAUAUCUCGAAGCCACGCCUACCAAAGGCCAAUAUGCGCAGGUGCAGGGCGGUACUCUCAGUCCCCGGCAGUCACUACGGUCGGCAAGAGAUUCUACAUAUACAGUAAACUCUCUCUACCGAGGCAAAUCGUCAGAUCCGGAUACACAGGCUCUCGUGGCGAGCAGAGCGGGCGAAUUGGCACAAUGGCAUAUCUAUUGGACCACACCAGCGCUGGUGAUAUUCCUGUUCCUGGCGGGCUUCAUGGCGGCAGUAGGCCACCAUUUGUUCUACAAUCAUCUCAAUGGGCAGCCAGCCAUAGACCAAUUGAGGAUGGUGAGGUACGGAACAGCCCUGGCGUUUUUUGUCAAGAGUACGUUUGUGGGAGCCGUCGUCAUGUGUAACCGCCAACGAAUCUGGUACACCUUCAGACGGAAAGCCAUGACAAUCAAGGGCAUCGAUGGCUUAUUCUCAGCAACGGAGGACCCGUCACAAUUCUUCUUGAAUUGGGAAAUGGUCAGGAAUGGCAAGCUUGCGACAUUCAUGGCCGUUUGUUCAUGGCUGAUACCGCUUGCGUCUGUUCUAUCUCCGGCCUCACUCACCUCCGAGCUUAGGACAGUAGAUAUGAAUGCGACGUGUUCUGUAGCGAACCUCAACUUCGCAAAGGAGACUACACACGACUUUCGUGACAAGGCUGUGGCCGGUCUAAAGUCUUUGAACUUCUACAACACUACGGAUCCGUUGGGGAAGGAGCCAGGAUAUUUUGAUUACUACGACCAGCCGUCGAAGACUGCCCGUCGCCUGGCCUUUAGCAGCGUAUACAUGCAAAAGCCACAGCCCCGGGAGAACGCAUCCUCGAUUUUCUGUGGGGAUGGUUGGAACUGCACAUACCCAAUCACCUUCAUGGGACCAGGAUACAAAUGCGACGAUGUUCCAGAUCCAAAAGCAGAGAAUGCGCCCUUCAGCCUGGACCAACUAGCACCAGUCGGAAACCUGACCUAUCUCGCAGACGUCGACCAAGGAAACUACGGCUACCAGGACCCCGCCACCGAAGGCGAUAACUUGGGUGUAAUGAAAAGCGAGCCCAACCUCUGGAUUGGCUACGCAAUAAAUACCUCUCAACCCUACGACGACAACUCCCCCCACAAGGCAAAAUGGGAAUACAUCCACACACCCAAAAUGUUCAAAUGCGUAAUGCAACACACAAACUACACGUUCAAAAUGACCUACUCCCCCCGCCAAACCGCAAACCGCACCCAACGCACCUUCCUGCGUCCCGUCAUCGACACAACCGUAAAAUGGGACCCGCAAGACCACACGAACUGGACCGCCUCGCCCCCUGAAAACUACCUCCGCCCCCAAGACGACGGCGGUACACCGUACAAACUAGCAGCUACAUACCACUCCCUUGGCGCGCUGCUCCGCCAGUUCCUCCGCGGCAGCAUCGAGAAGCAGAAUUUCCUCAUCACGCACUCUGACAUUUCGGAGACGAGGCUUGUCAAUAGUAGUACCUCGUACCCACUUGUGGAUCUCAGCGCGCAGAUCCAAACCUUCUUCGAAGACAUCCUCAUCACUCUACUAAACGAACCCACGCUCGUUGUCGCUGCACCCCAGGAAAUCGAGUGUGUGAAAUCGCGGUCCAUGAUGGCGUUUGUAUAUUACAAAGAAUAUCUCUGGAUCGGGUACGCAGCUGUCAUCGCCGUCACAUUCGCUUUCAUCCUCGUGGGCGCGUGGUCGUUGUAUGGGAAUGGGGUGGCUAGUGAUGUCCUCUUCUCUCGUAUCUUGGCUACGACGAGGAAUCCGACGCUGGAUCAUCUUAGUGUCGGUGCGUGUUUGGGUGGCGAUCCUUUUCCAAAGGAGCUGGCGAAGACGAAGUUGAGGUUUGGGGUCCUGAUUGAGGAUGCGGAGGGGGCGAGGGAAGGGCCGUUGGGCAGGGUCGAACAUUGUUGUUUUGGGACGAUGGGAGAGACGAAGGAGAUUGUUAAGGGGGGGUUGUAUGCGGGGUUGAAGUUUAGAGGGGAGAAGGGGGAUAGGGCGGAGAUGGAGGGGUUGUUGGAGCCAUGA